AUGCCGGUAUCAUUUUGGACUUGCCGAAGUAAAAUGUCCAGAAACAAAAUUUCAAGUAACCCCACUAGAAGCCUGCCAAGACCCAAUUUCUUUUGUGAGGAUAUCAAUGGACAGUGUAAACUGAAAAGAACUCAUGCGUACUUUGCUCAAGUGCAAGGCCAGAUGGGUGUAAGUGGAGCAUCAUGGUGUGACUUCAUUGUUUACAGAAAGAAGGGCAUUUCUGUAGAGAGAAUUCCAUUUGAUCCUGCCUACUGGGAAACUCUGAAGCUAAAGCUUCACACAUAUUACUUUAACCAUUUUAUUAAAACUGCAGCAACUGAGUUUGCAAAGUAA